GUUCAUUUCAGCCAAGUUUGUCCCAAGCUCGUCGUUCUUAUUAACAUCUCUCUACUCCAUUUCCUUUUUUUUAAAUAAAAUGUUGUUUCGAGAAUUUGACAGCAAAUAUUUUUUAAUGAAUUAUCUAUAGGCUACCCAUUGAAACAUUUGGAAGUGUUUCUAAAACGGCGAUAUUUUUAUGAUAGCAAUAUAAACGAAUUUCGGAGCACCAAGUAAUACUUUUUCCUGGAGAACAAAGUGCCGAAAUCUUAAUUGUGUUGUAUUUUUGCAACAGAUCACCCAUCAAAUAUUUCCCUGGAUAGACGGUCGGGAAUGUUUGGAAACUGAGCGCAACAAAACGAGGCGGCUUUGACCGUCUGUUGUUUUGUCGGUUUUUGGCAUCUUUGCUAAGAGAAGUCCUUUCUUUGGGGACGGCAUUUAUUUCUUCUCAUUGAACAUUUGGAGGAAUUUACUUUCUUGAGGGGAAAGAUGGCGAGGUUUCGGGGGAAAAUGUAUAUUGCCCUACUUGUUCUUGGAUAUUUGAUGUUCACUUUAGCAUCUGCAAAUGAUGAACUGGAACAAGAAGUAGAAGAAGAAGAGGAAAGUACAUGUCAAGGCGCUUUCGACUUGUAUUUUGUGCUUGACAAAUCUGGCAGUGUGAAACACCACUGGGUGGAAAUUUACUCCUUUGUGGAGCAUCUAGCUGAAAAGUUUACCAGCCCCAUGUUGAGAAUGUCCUUCAUUGUGUUCUCAUCGAGAGGAACCACUCUCAUGAAACUGACGGAAAACAGGGUGGAGAUUAGAAAAGGAUUGAAUGUGUUGAGAAGGGAGAUACCUGGGGGAGACACCUUCAUGCACCUGGGCUUGGAAAGGGCAAAUGAGCAGAUACACCAGGGAAACUUUGGGCAAGCUAGUGUUAUCAUUGCCCUGACGGAUGGAGAGCUGAAUGAAUACCAGCUUGUCACGGCACAACAGGAGGCAGAGAGAAGCCGGUCCUUGGGAGCCAUGGUGUACUGUGUUGGAGUGAAGGACUUCAACGAGACACAGCUGGCCACCAUAGCCGACACCAUCGAGCAUGUGUUUCCUGUGAUGGGCGGGUUCGUGGCCCUGCGUGGAGUGAUCGACUCGAUCAUUAAGAAGUCCUGUAUUGAGAUCCUAGCUGCAGAGCCCUCCAGUGUUUGUGCAGGAGUGAGUUUCCAGGUGGUGGUGAGAGGGAACGGUUUCCUCCAUGCCAGGAACAUAGACCAGGUGUUGUGCAGCUUUAAAGUCAAUGACUCCGUCACCAUUAAUGAGAAGCCAGUCGCUAUAGAAGACACGUUCCUGCUGUGCACGGCCCCAGUGAUAGAAGAAGUUGGGCAGGUAGUUUAUCUACAAGUGAGCAUGAAUGAAGGCCUGUCGUUCAUCACCAGUUCUGUGCACAUCACCACCACAGAAUGUUUCGAUGGCACCAUCCUCCUCAUCACUCUUCUGGUUCUCUUCCUGCUGAUGGCCAUGCUGUUCAUGUGGUGGUUCUGGCCCCUUUGUUGCACUGUUGUGAUCAAAGAGCCUCCUCCUCCACCCCCUCCAGAGCCAGAAUCAGAUGACGAAGAUGGCAUGCCCAAGAAGAAGUGGCCUACCGUGGAUGCCUCUUAUUACGGAGGAAGAGGUGUCGGAGGAAUCAAAAGAAUGGAGGUGCGCUGGGGAGGGAAAGGUUCAACUGAGGAGGGGGCUAAACUGGAGAAGCCCAAGAAUGCAGUGGUGAAAAUGCCCGAGCAGGAGUUUGAGCCUUUUGAGCCCAAACCCAAAAAGGCCCACAACAGGAAGCCAGCAGCGGACAGGAAGUGGUACACACCCAUACAGGGCAAGCUGGACGCCAUUUGGGCCCUAUUUCGUCGCGGUUACGACCAGGUUUCUCUCAUGCGGCCUCAGCCGGGAGAUCAUGGUCGGUGCAUCAACUUCACCCGUGUGAAAGACGAGGCGGCGGCGGCGGCAGCAGCCAAGGCCCCGGCCCGGGCCUCCAGCCCUCCUCCCCCGGCUCCGGACUACCACCCCCUGAUCCGUCCCACUACACCGCCGCCGCCACAGACCAGCCCCCCGCUGCGGGCGCCUCCCAUCAACCAGUUACCCCCGGGGCCACCCCCCUCUCGCACUCCCCCAGGACCCCCCUGCCCCCCACCCUCACGCCCCCCACCCUGCCCCAACAACCGACCAUGAAACCAGUAAAGUUGCCCCACUCCAAUAAAGCAAUAAUCCACGCUGCCAGAUGCUCCCUUAACCAAAAAAGAAACAUGCUAUUUAUUGGAGUUGGGUGAAAUUAGCAAGGAGAUGCUAUGGUUUGUUGCUGGACAGCAAAAUAUGUAGUAAUAACAGGAAAAAUACUGCAAUGGAUGAAAUAUGUUUUCAACUACUGAGUAUUCCAUGAUGGUAAGUGUCAAGGUGACAGUAGAGUAGACAGUGUGGAGUUGUGUGGAUUUAGUAAUCUCUAAGUGGAUUUACUUUCAACCAAAAGGAUUGGAUUUUCUCCAAGGCUAGGAUGACAAACCUGCUGUUAAACCUGUCUAGAAUAGCUUUUUGCAUCUCUCUUUUGUAAAUUUUUACAAAUAGCUUUUAACAUCUCUUUUGUAAAUUGGAAGACUUUAUAAGGGCAUAUUUUAUAGAGGGUAAACAGAACAUGGCAUAGAUUUUGAUUGUAGUAAUUUUUUCUUGUCUAAAUUAGUUUAAGUUCAAGCACAUGUGGUUAGUCCAUAUAUUAGCCAUUGAGAAAAGCAUUUUCAUUACGUGCAUUUUAUAGUUUUGCCCGAAGCCAUAAGCAUGUAUAAGUUGACACUGAGACACUUUUAAAAUGAACUGAACACGUAACAUUUCUGUUUAAUAAGUAUACUCUCUCAGGAUAGGAGCACAUGCUGUGUUGAAAAUGAGGCAUACAAACACCGUGAUAUAUUUUGAUAUCCCCGGAACAAGCAGGUCCCUGGAAUUUUUAAACACUUUGUUGAUCAAUAUCCCCAAGGUUGAGCCCAGGUUUAAUGAAGUUGAUAUCGGUAUUUGUGUACAUGGAAUGCAGUUCAGCUAAAGCAUUAUUCUUUUAUUUUUGUUUUAUAAACCAUGAACCUCUCAAAAUAGAACAACUCAAGUCGGCCUCUCGUCAAGUUUUUACUUUCCAAAACUGUACUGUAUUGAUCUAUUGUUUUUGUAUCUUUUUGUUUUAUUUUUACAAUUAAACCACAAUCUCAUUGAAACUGCAGGGCAGUUCACCGCAUCUCUAAUUUAUUAAACCCCAGACCUAGAGGAGGGUACUUGAAUAUGACAAAGGUGUCUGCUGUCAAAGACGGACACUGUGCAUGUAAACAAACAUCUAGUCACAUAAUUUGAUAUGACAGUGUUUCUCAACCCCAUGGCAUUCAGUUUUGAUAUAUUGCCUUCUUAACCGCAAUGGUCAAAAGGCUGUAUAGCAUUAUAUAGCAGCAUCAUUUCAGUGAUUUUUUCCCCAAGAUCCAACACUGAUUGAAUCAAACCCUCUAAGGAGUACACACAAAGGUUGAGGAACACUAUUAUAUACUCACGGUACCUUUCUGGAAUUUUCUACUAAGAUUUUUGUACUCUGUUUUAUAGUAUACUUCGUUCCAUUAUGUCCUAUAAUACCAUUGUGUUACUAUAUUCCUUAAUAAGGAAUUGUGUUCCUAUAUUCUUUUGUUUUUUUGUAGCACUGCUGAUAGCUGUUCCGGAUAAAGAUUAAGAGAGGUGCAUGCAUUUAGUUCCUUUUUAUCGGUACAACAACAUAAAUAAAGCGCAAUCGCACCCAAAUGUAAUAUACAUGUUCUGCUUUUUGAAAACGAUGAACGUUCUCCAUUUGUAUGACUGGAUAUAUGGAUUGUAAUUAGAACAUCACCCCACCCAAGCAAUGUCCUGGUUAGAGGAGCGAUCAACAACGAUAUUACAGAGGUCAUUAUGUAGUGUUUCUAUCUCAAUGCUUCUCUAUGACCCACAGGACUCUGUUGGUGAUGUGUUUUCCUGAGAAGAUGCUCUGAGACACUGAAAGGGGUUUUACAUGUUAGCCAUAGUAUUUCAUGUAUUAAUGGGAGUGCUGAAAUAAAUAUGGAAAGACAAAGAUUUCACUUUUUUACUUGUUUUUAACAGUAUUAAUAAAGGUUGACUUCCAAGCUUUUA